AGCUUGGAUUCGGGAGAGGCAGACUUCUUCAAGCUAGUCGAUGAAGAUGUAGCCGUAGCAGAGGCAGAUGCCAAAGCAGAAGCCAAUAUCGUUUAUGGUUUCGAUAGCUAUAGAUCUGCUGUAAUACUGUGGCUGAGACGGACGGGUAUCGAGGAGCACACGCGGGGCUUGAAGAAGGACGAGAUGCACACCUCUUUUGCGGUGCCAAAGAAUGCCGAGAGCGAGCCCGAGCUAUUCUUAAUGCUGGAGCUAGCGUUGAGCCGUUUCUAUACUAGCGCUGCCCCGGGGCAGAAGAUACGCGCCUUCGACCCCAAGAAGGAGCCUAAUACGCUCAAGACCAACUUUGGCUACUAG